UCAUCCCUGCGGCACGCGCCCUGGCAGUCUCAGGGAGGAGGAGGAGGAAGCGAGAGAGAGCGAGCGAAGCAGAGCGAGAGAGGCACAGAGAGAGACAGACAGAGAGAGAAGAGAAGACAUCAGCACCAGUGGACUCACUCAAGAGUUCAACAGGCUGUUUAAAGGGACUCGUAUUUGGAUUACAUGCAGGGCCAACAGAGGCGCGCUGGGACGUCUUACGACCAGAGCCGUUAAGAGCGUGCGGAUUUAAACGGAACGUCCGGGGGGGAGGGUCACGCUUGCUUCCUCGCGCCGCUCACGAAGGGCCUAAGCGGCAGGGGAGGAGGUCGCCGGGACCCCGUCGCUCGGCAUCGCGGCGCGCUGGAGUUCCGCCGCGCUGGGGCGCCGUUUGGGAUGGCCGGUUUGGACUGCCCCACUCCUCCGGUGCGCACCCUCGAGGACCUCACUCUGGACUCGGGCUACGGUGGCACGGGCGGCUCGUGCAGAUCCCUUAGCUUCUCCUCGCUGCAGCGCGGCUCGCUUACCCACACGGCCCGCGGCGCCGGCGCCGGCAGCCCCGGGAACGGCGGCGGCGGCACCGGCGGUAGCGCCGGGAAAAUCGGCGGCGGGGGUGGUGGUGGCGGUGUCGCCCGUGGCGGUGGCGUAGGAAUAAGUGGCGGCGACGGCGGCGGCGGUGGCGGCGGCGCUGGCGGCGACGGCCCGGGUGUCGUCAGGGGCGUGGGAGGAGGAGGAGGAGGAGACGGCUCGGCCGGGUCGCGCAGCGGCCACGGCAGCUGCGACACGGUGAACACGGCGCUCGCCGAGGAGGGCGAAGGCGCGGCGGGCCCCGCGGGGAACUGGACUCGCCUGCCCGGCUUGGAGGAGGAGGAUGCCCCGUGGAACGUGCGCGACCUCGCGGUGACGCUGGCCCAGGGCAGGGCCCGCGAGGCCGUGGCGGCCGGGCGGGUUCCGCAGGACGUGGUGGCCCACCUGUCGUCGAUGGCCGGCGUGGCGCUGGUGCGGCUGGCUCGCGAGGCCCAGAGGCUCAGCCUCGUCUAUGCCAGGUGCACGCGGCACGAGGUGGAGAGCGCGGCGCGCGUCGUGCUGUCCCGCUCGCUGGCCGACGCGUGCCUGGCCGGGGCGGCCCGCGCCCUCUCGCUCUACGGCCUGAGCGGCGGCGAGCGCGGCUGGCGCGGCAAGGCGGAGCGCUGCGGCCUCUCGCUGCCCGUGGGGCGGCUCCACCGCUGGAUGGCGGAGGCGCGCGUGGCGGCGCGCGUGCACGAGCACGCGGCCAUCGCGCUCGCCGCCUGCGUCGAGGCCCUGGUGGACGAGGUGGCGGUGCGGGCGCUGGCCGCUUGCGCCGUCGGGGACGAUGACGACGACGAGGAGGCGGCGGCGGUGGAGACGGCUGUGGGCCAGGACGGGGUGCACGAGAAGAAAGAGGAGCUGCCCGCCCACCAUCACCACCGCCGCUACAACCACAGCUACCACCGUGGAGGAGGAGGAGGAGGAGGGGGAUCUGGGUCUGGAGGAUCGGCCCACCGGCGUCGCCGUGGUAGGCCGCUAUGCCCCGAGGCGCUGGACGCAGCUGUGGGAAACGACCCGGAGCUCUACGGACUCCUCCAGCCGUACGAGCAUCUGAUCUGCGGGAGGAACGCACACGGUGUGCUGUCACUGCCGCUGCACUUCAGCGCGUUCGAAGAGCGGGCGGCAUCGAUGGCUGGAGGAGGCGGCGCCGGUGGGACGAUGUCCGUGGAGCCGUACGGCGCUGCGGAGCUGCGCACGCUGGACCAGUCGUUACUCGCCACCUACGUGGGCAGCGUCGCCGAGCUCGGAGACCUGGUCUCUCGCGCCAUGCAUCACUUGGCGAGAUUUGGCGGUGGCGGCGGCGGCAGCUCUAGCGUCGGUGUCAGCCCUUCGCGGGCAGCCCACGCGAAUGCCCCAACGCAGGCGGCCUGGGGCUGGGACUCGCUGCACGCGCUCUACUACUUCAUGCGCUGCCCGCGCAUGGAAUGCAUCGAGGAUCCCAACCUGGAGCCGCCCAAGCUGAGCCUCACCUAUGAGAGGCCGUUCGUGCUGCGGCCCCCGCUGAUGGAGUGGAUGCGCGUGGCAAUGGCCCACGCGGCCCACCGGCGAGGCCUCACGGUGGACAGCGACGACGUGCGGCAAGCGGCGCGACUCUUCCUGCCCGGCGUCGACUGCGAGCCGCGCCUGCUCAAGACGGACGACUGCUUCUGCGCCUGGCGCCGUCUCGACGCCCGGGCGGCCGAGGGCCGCUUCCUGCAGGAUCUCGCGUUCCGGAUGCUCAACUGCGGCCGCACGGACCUGGUGAAGCAGGCCAUCGCCCUGCUGGGACCCGCCGGGGUCGACACGCUCAAUGACCAGGGCAUGACCCCGCUGAUGUACGCCUGCGCAUGCGGGGACGAGGCCAUGGUGCAGAUGCUCAUCGACGCCGGCGCGAGGCUGGACAUGGAGGUGCCGGGAGACCCCCACGUGCUCCCGUCCGUGCACCCGGGCACGAGGCACUGGACGGCUUUGUCGUUCGCCACCCUGUACGGGCACCUCUCCAUAGCCCAGCUGCUGCUGGAGGCCGGUGCCAACGUAGAGGGGUCACUCAAGGACACGGACGAUCCCAACUACGCCGAGACGCCCCUGCAGCUCGCGUCGGCCGCAGGUAAUUACGAGCUGGUGAGCCUCCUGCUGGCGAAGGGAGCCAACGCGCUCGUGAGCACGGUGCAACGCAACGGCAUCGCCGCCGCCACUCCAGGGGACAUGAACUCCUUCAGCCAGGCAGCGUCACAUGGGCACAGGAACGUCCUGCGCAAGCUGCUGUCUCAGCCCGAGAAGAAGCAGGAGGACGUGCUUUCGCUGGAGGAGAUCCUCGCCGAGGGCGCGGGCGGCCCCGGGGAUUUUGGCGUGGGCGUUUCGGUGGAGGGUCAGGGCGGACGGGUGAGGGUCAGGGCCCUGCAGGAGGCCAUGUACCACAGCGCCGAGCAUGGACACCUGGACGUCACCAUGGAGCUGCGCGGCAAGGACGUGCCGUGGACGCUGCACGUGUGGCUGGAGUCGCUGCACACGUCGUGCGUGCAGUCGCGCUCCGCGGUGACGAUGGCGCUGCUCGAUGAGUUUGCGAGCGUGCGCGCCGGCGGCGUCCACUUCACGGAGCUCAUGCUGGCGCGCGGGCUGCCACUGCUCUUCGACAUGCUGCGAGGCCAGCAGAACGAGGCGAUCACGCAGAGAGUCGCCGACAUCCUCAGCCAGUGCUACGGACCGCAGCCUGUGCCCCAGAUCCCCGAGGACCACACCCCGUUGGGGGCUCGGCUCGACCCGCACUUCGUCAACAAUCGGGAGAUGUCGGACGUGACGUUCAUAGCCGAGGGCCGCCCUCUCUACGCCCACAAGGUGCUGCUCGUGACCGCCUCGCCACGAUUCAAGGCUCUGUUGACCGGCGGGGGCUCUUCUGUGGAUCAGUGUCGGAGCAUUGAGAUCGGGGAAAUCAAAUACCACAUCCUCGAGCUCUUAAUGCGGUACGUGUAUUACGGUGGCGUGGAGGAGGUCAAAAUAGCGGACGAAGACAUCUUGGAGCUCAUGUCGGCUGCCAGCUUCUUCCAGCUCGACGCCCUGCAGCUCCACUGCGAGCAACUCUGCUCCCGCGCCAUCUCCUACAGCAACGCUGCGGGCCUUUACCGUCACGCCAAGAAGGUGGGCGCCGGUCAGUUGGCUGUGUUCUGCGAGGGAUACUUCCUCAAGCACAUGCCAUCGCUGCUGUCCGGCGAGGAUGCCUUCCGGGCGCUGGUGCUGGGCCGCGGGGGCCGGGGAGGCCGGACAGGGAGAGCGGGGCGAGUGGGGUCCAGCGGGGUGGGCGGGGGAGCUGGGGGGGGAGGAGGGGUGCUCGCUGCACUGCAUGCUACCCUCGCUGCUCGUAUGCUGCAGCAGCAGCAGCAGCAUGGACGCAAGUGAGCGAUUGGUGGAUAUUUAUUCAGAAGCGGACUGCACAAGACGGAGAGGGGGGGAGGGGGAUGUGGCCGAGAGGACGUCCACCUGCACACGAGCUCGUUGCAGAUGGAGCGCAGCUACUGGAGGGAUCUUUAUACGUCUCACAAUCCUGAGAGAUGGGGACGUCUUGGUUGGGAGUGAGGGGUGAACUUCAUCCAGCAGUUAGUGGAUCACAGCCGACGAUGAUGAUGAAGAUCACCAUCAUUAUGAUGGACUAAAUAAUGGAGGAGCUACUGGUUUGAUGCUUGGACAUCAGAUUGCGUGGUCUAUGCACGGCUGAAAUGUAUUGAUAAGUCUGUGUUGUGGAAAACGAAAUGGACAUUGUGUGGGACGGGCAGCAUUAUUCAUAUUUUAUACCUUUGCGCACAACUGCGUGCAUGCUCUGCGGACAGCUAUUCCAGGUUCACCGAGUGAACAGACAUUCGGUGAGGUGGAUGGCUAAGUGAAAAGGUAAGGGUGCAACCCUGCAAGUUUCAAACACAACUGGUGAUGGAAGGGCCUCCCCAAGAGCCCAUGUGGAGGGUAUUUGGCUGACUCUUCCUUGCCGGCCAGACGUCCUGGAAGAGGUGUCCGUAUUCACGCUUUACCCAACAGCACGUGACCUGCCGAUCGAUGAAGUGAACACCUCGUUUGAAUUAUCUUCGCUGGUCAGAGUAACGGUGAAAUGGAAAGGUGGUGAACAUUUCAAAUGAAAGGUUUGAAAGCGUGCUCCGCGGCUUGAUGGAUAGUUGUACAGAGAGCUUGCUGAAUGGACAGCUAACGUUACCAGUCCGCGAUGUGGACAAUUCGUAGCGUGCAGCCAUGAAGUACAAUUAAUGAGGCAGCUAAUUAAACGCAUUAGGUGAUGGAAGUGAAAGAUGACAAGGGGCAGUUGAAAAGGCGGCUUCGGGAACGAUUUGUCAAAAGUGCACAAAGACAAAAGCACACAACAGGAAAAUUGCCUGUGGCAGAGCACUGAGCGAGCACUGCCGAGCGAGUUCGAGGCCAUAUAUGUUGAAAUACGUUCAACAUAUAUGCCCUCAACUUUGAGCAACCGCUCUUUAACGUUUCACACGACAUGCACAAAUGUGUACAAAGCGCACACAGCUGCUGUGCAUAUGAAAAAAAAAACUCUUUGAGAGUUUCCUAAAGAAGUGCAUUGUGGUCCUCUUUGCCUUAGGUCACCGUCAAAAUAAAUGUGCGCAAAUGUGCCCGGCUUAGAGCAGCAGUGGUAGAGUGAUAGACAACUUUCGAACGGUUGCAUCCCGACUAGGACUCGUUAGCACAACACAGUCUGCCUCCACUCUUACCAGACACAACUCCCGAAAUUUACCUCCUGCUUCUUUCAAUACAGAAUUCAAAACCAUCCGUCAAAAAUAUUGCCCGAGCAGGAAAAACAUAGAUGUAUCUAGCAGGCGAUCUUUUGCGGAAUAGCCCUUCAUAUAGAGAAGCUCGAGGAAUUGAGUCAAUAAUAUUUGAUAACUGCCUCAUACACCAUGGUGCCCUGAUAAAAAAUGUUAUUACAAAACAUAAAUCCAGGUUUUACUAGAAAUCCAUUAUCUUGGUAAAGGACUACAGAACUGAACUUAUAUAUAUAGUUGGCGUUUUCUCUCUCAUCUGUGUCCAAUUCCUACCUGCUACACUACUGGAGGGUCCUGGUUUAAUCAUUGUUGUACCAACACGGAUCUGAACGCUCGGAUUUUCAUCGGUGCCGACUCAGUGCUCUGGAAAUAGCAUUUGUCUUCGAAGCCACAUGGACACUUCAAAGAUAGACUCCAUGGAAAUGUAAUAAUUAUAGAAUUAGUGCAUUGAUUUAUGAGCUGGUAUUAUUUAAGAAAAAAAAUUCAUGUAAGUAGUUGCUAAAUUAAAUGUCAGCUUAUGAAAUUCCUUGAAUAUCAAAGAACCUUUAUACGUUUUCACUGCCCCUCUUACAAAUGUUGCUAUUUUCCUGUUGCUGUUUUUUACUGAUAUUUGUUUUUCGUUAUGUUUAUUAAGGUACUGAGGAAAAACGUGUAACUUUAUUUAGAAUUGCCAACAGACAGCAGAGCAUUAACGUCACAGAUUUUGAUCCAAUGUCCUUAAAUGUUUAACACGUAGGCUUUCGCGAGCAAUAUUGUCCAUAAAAGCUUUUUUGGGGUUAGAUUGCCUAAGUAUAAACGUGUCGUAAAACCCGAUGCUGGUUGUUAUUACCGGCGAAACAUCGUACUUGAAUUGUACAUGUUGUGGGUUUACUCUCAAACACACCGGUGUGCUGAACUAGUAAUGAAUUGGCACGUUUUGUUUACGUGACGAACCUUACUUAUUGGCUGUGUCGGGUGGUGGCGGGUUUAACGACACAUUUAUAUUUACGCGAUUUAACCCCCAAAAAAACGAUGGUCCUUAAAUGGUCUGUCUUGCUGAGGAUUGCAAUGUGGUGCUCAACGUUGUGCAGAUAAGUGAAUCGUUUUAUAUUUAUCCACGGGCCAUUUGAAAACUUGAUAGGUAGGCCUGAAUAUAUGAAGUGCAAUUACUCCUGUAUGUGAUGAAUGUUGGUGCAGUCGAUUGGUGACCAACCAGGCUGAGCCUUCAAGAGACUCUGGCUGAGUGUGCCCUGACAUGGGAAUUCGUUUUCUUUCAGACACUCAGCAAGUGCUCAAACCCAGGAUCUCAAAAAUGCUUGCUCAGUGUACUAACAUUGACAUCGGCCCUCUUGAGUCCACCAGCUACAAGGUUUGAACCCAGGACCUAAUUCACUGCUUUUCCACUGGUACAUGACCCGAGCCAGAGCGAUGCUCUCCCAGUACAGGUGGUUUUCCACUGGCUCUUUGCCAUGCCAAGCCAGCACCAAACCGUGAUAGGCUAGCCCACACAAGAAAGAUUAAUCUAGUUUAGGGUCUCGCAGGGUCGAGCACGGCACAUGAUGUCAAAUUGCAUGUGUGUGACGUCCGCAGCAAGGCUCGGGUUCUGCAGUGGAAAAACAAUCUGGCGCUUCCUGACCAGCGCUGGGUUGGCUCGGCACGGCUGAGUUCUAGUGUAAAAAAAGUUAUCAGAGGUAUGGAUGGGUUCGGGCCCUGCGAUGAAAACCCAGACAGCUUAUGUAUACCUCAACAGCUGUUGAAAACCAACAAAACUCGUCGAUUGUUUUAUUUUACCAUUGUUGUACAUAAGGACAACUUUUUGGAAAACAUGUAAAUGUAUUGCAUUUAAAUUUCUAGUUGUGAAAAGGUGCAGUCGUCACAUUUGCCCACAGUCCAUAUGCUUAUGUUUGCCAAUCAUUGACCUUCGGAGGUUGGUAAACAAGGUGAGAUGCAAUGUGUGCGCAGUAUGAGAGCAGUGUGUGAUCAGAUGGGCAUUUGAGAUGCCUUCAAGAGCUGCAAUUCUACGACCAAUAACAUUUGUAUGAUGACUGAUUUAGGUUGGGCCUUGCUUUUGAAACACCAACCCAUUCUCAACUGAUAACUUUAGUGUUCCCUGCUCUCCUCCAAUGUGACGUCACCCCCUCCACUCUGCCCCCAAUGUCUCCUAAUCCCCUUCUUAGCCCCCUACCCCUGUAGUCUCGUGACCAACCCAGCAAGGAAGGAAGGAGUGUGCUUUUACUGGGUAGGAAUCGAAGCAACGGUAGAAGAAAAGGUUGUUGAUACGAAAGUAAAUAAAAAAAAAACCAUGUACAGUAUUUUAAAAAAAUUUAGCACUGUUUAAUGUAACAAAAAUGGUGUGUUAUGUUUAAAAUAAAAAACACGUUUUGUUUAUUUCGACA